AUGAAAUUCUUAUUCUCCGUUGCUUCUAUCUUGGCUUUAACUCCAUCCGCUUUGGCUGCCGUUAGAAAAGUUCAAUUAUUUGCUGAAUCUGACAACUCUGAAGUCAAUGAUUUCGGUAUUUCUUCUGUCCACGAAGGUGCUGGCAUCAACUACUUGUUCUUGGCUGCUCCAAAUGUUGCUGAAACUGUCAACUAUGAUGACUCCAAAUACAUUUUGUACAUUGAAUCUUCUGUUGGUGAACAACCUUUCAGUGUUUCUGAAGGUCCAGGUUUCUUACAAUUCGGUCAAUCUUCCAUCAGAGUCGACAUUGCUGAAGAUGGUACCGUCAGCUUCGAUGGUAGUGACUCAGUUGUCGCUGCUAAGAACGUCAAUGACCCAUACAACAGAUCUGAACAAGAUUACUUCUUGGUUACUCAAGGUGGUGAUGAUGCUAUCCCAGUUAAGAUCGUUGCUAAAUUCGUCGAUUCUGAAGAAGCUUCUUCUGCUGAAGAAGAACAACCAUCUGCUACUGAAGAAGAACAAGAACCAUCUACUACUGAAGAAGCUCCAGCUUCAUCUUCUGUUACUGAAGAAACCACCCCAGCCAUUGUCUCUUCUUACGAAGGUGCUGCUAAUGUUGUUGCUGCUGGUUCUUACGUUGCCGCUGCUGCUGCCGUUGCUGGUUUGAUUUUCUAA